UUAGUGUCAAGGCCUUUUUAGUUUCGGAAAUCGUGCUCGAAAUUCUAGAAAUUUUUUGCCUGGAACCGAUGGCUGAUGUACACCAGCUAAUUGUCACUUGCAUUAUUUACCUUUACCAGAUUUACCUGCUUUGUAGAUCUAUUCCGCCCCUCAAGAAGGAUGCCUUGCUGCUCGUCCUGCACAACUUCCUGCUCUACUAUGUGAUCAAUAUGUUCAAGCACCUGGCCCAACUUUCGAUGGGCUCUUCGGGGCCGGUGAACACCUUCUAUUACGUGCCUUUGGUAUUCGAGGAACCUGUGCAGUCGGAGGCCAAUCCGGAUAACUGGCACCAGGUGCUGCGGUCCUCCACCUGGCAGUUCUUUGAGACUCUCUUCAGACACCAUUUGGCCCUGCUGUUGUCAUUUAAUAUGGCCCUCAUUGUGCCCCGCUGCAAGCUGGGCUUCAUUAGCACUCUCGUGCUGGUCUCCAACUUUGUGAUGUUCGUCUGCUUCACCUCGGCCAUUUGCCAGUUCCUGAUGGUCAGCGGCCAGGCCAAUGUCAAUGCUUUGCGCCUCCUCACGAUCCUGGGCCUGGGUCCCGUGUGCCAGAUGCUCCUGGGGUGUCGCCUCUUGUCGCGUAUGUGGGUUGGCCUGUGGAUCGUUGUUUGAUCAAGGGAAUUCGAUUUGCCAGGAUAUAGCUGGGGCUCAGGCAAGCAGCAGCAGCAGCAAAUCAAAGCAAUAAACCAUCUGAACUGGGCUCUAA